ACAAAAGAUGUUGAGACAGCUCUAAUUAAAUAUAGCAUGGAUGAUCAGUUAAACCAGCUGUUCAAUUUGUUACAACAAACUGUAAGAAAAAGGAAUUUCCCAUUUUAUAUUACUCAUAUUCGAACACAUACUAAUGUACCAGGACCUUUAACUGAAGCAAAUAAAAAAGCUGACUUACUGGUAUCCUCUGCAUUCAUAAAAGCACAAGAACUUCAUGCUUUGACUCAUGUAAAUGCAGCAGGGUUAAAAAACAAAUUUGAUGUCACGUGGAAACAGGCAAAAAAUGUUGUACAACAUUGUACCCAGUGUCAAGUACUACACCUGCCCACCCAAGAGGCAGGAGUUAAUCCCAGAGGUCUGUGUCCUAACGCAUUAUGGCAAAUGGAUGUUACCCAUGUACCUUCAUUUGGAAAAUUAUCAUAUGUUCAUGUAACAGUUGAUACUUAUUCACAUUUCAUAUGAGCAACAUGCCAGACAGGAGAAAGUACUUCCCAUGUUAAAAAACAUUUAUUAUCUUGUUUUGCUGUGAUGGGAGUUCCAGAAAAAAUUAAAACUGACAAUGGACCAGGUUAUUGUAGUAAAGCUUUCCAAAAAUUCUUAAAUCAGUGGAAUAUUACACAUACAACAGGAAUUCCUUAUAAUUCCCAAGGACAGGCCAUAGUUGAAAGAACUAAUAGAACACUCAAAACUCAGUUAAUUAAACAAAAAAAAGGGGGAGACAGUAAGGAGUGUACCUCUCCUCAGAUGCAGCUUAAUCUAGCACUCUAUACUUUAAAUUUUUUAAACAUUUAUAGAAAUCAGACUACUACUUCUGCAGAACAACAUCUUACGGGUAAAAAGAACAGUCCACAUGAAGGAAAACUGAUUUGGUGGAAAGACAACAAAAAUAGGACAUGGGAGAUAGGGAAGGUGAUAACCUGGGGAAGAGGUUUUGCUUGUGUUUCACCAGGAGAAAAUCAGCUUCCUGUUUGGAUACCCACUAGACAUUUGAAGUUCUACAAUGAACCCAUCGGAGAUGCAAAGAAAAGCGCCUCCAUGGAGACAGAAACACCGCAAUCAGGCACCAUUGACUCGCAGGAUGAAUCAAGUGGUGAUAUUAGAAAAACAGAGGAAGUCACCACGCACCAAGAAGGCGGAGCUGCCAACCUGGGCACAGUUAAAGAAGCUGACACUGUUAGCUAGAAAAAGCCUAGCUAGCACAAAGGUGACACAAACCCCAGAAAAAAUGCUGUUUGCAGCUUUAAUGGUUGUAUCAACGGUGUGUGCCGGACCAGUCGAAGAAUCCUUCACCAAAAUCGAGAGAACGAACAAGCCUUCAUCGCCAUGGCACAUUUAUAUAGAAGAAAAGGGAGGGAGAAUGUUGCGGGAAGUCAGGGACCUUGAACUGAGGGACUGGCUGAAGCCACAGCAGAAAAGCAUAAAAUAUGAAGAUUUCAUGGACAUUUUAUUAGUUUUCCAAACUUUAUACUUUUGUAAUAUCUUAUGUCUUUACUUUAAUCUCUUAAUCCCAUCAUCUUCUUUGUAAGCUGAGGAGGAUAUAUGUCACCUCAGGACCCUGUGAUGAUUGCCUUAACUACACAAAUUGUAGAUGACGUGUGUUUGAACAAUACGAAAACUGGGCAUCUUGAAAAAAGAACGAGAUAACAGAGGUGUUCAGGAAACAAGGGAGGUAACCUUGAACUGGCCGCCGGUGAGCCGGACGGAACAGAGCCAUAUCUUUUCUCCUUUUGCACACAAAUAGGAGAGAUAUCGCUGAAUUCUUUUUUUCAGCAAGGAAUAUCCCUGAGAAAGAGAAUGCGCUCUGAGGGUAGGCUUAUAAACGACCCCCUUGGAGGCAUGCCGCCUUUUACGGUUGAAGCCGAAGGGAUGAAAUAAGCCCCGAAGAGAUGAAAUAAGCCCCGGCCUCCUAUAGUGCUCCCAGGCUCAUUAGGAUGAGGAAAUUCCCACCUAAUAAAUUUUGGCCAGUCAGGUUGUCUGCUCUCAAACCCUAUUUCCUGAUAAAAUGUUAUCAAUGACUAUGCGUGCCCAAAAAUUUCGUUGCCAAUUUUAAUUUCAAUUUUAACACCGACCUGUGAAAUCAUCCUGCCUCCACUUGCUUUGUGAUAUUCUAUUACCUUGUGAAGUAUGUAAUCUCUGUAUCGUGAUGACAAUGGUAGUCUUGUUGAAAAGAAAAGGGGGAAAUGUGGGGAAAAGAAAGAGAGAUCAGCCUGUUACUGUGUCUAUAUAGAAGGAAGUAGACAUAAGAGACUCCAUUUAGUUCUGUAUUUGAGAUGCUGUUAAUCUGUGACCCUACCCCCAACCUUGUCCUUGCAAGAGACAUGUGCUGUGAUGACCUAAAGGCUGCUUAUGGUUAAAGGUCAUCACCAUUCUCUUAAAUCUAGAGAAAAAGAAAAACAUUUGUCUUCUGCCCGUCCCUGGGCGAUAAAACAUCUCCAGGUAAAACCCUUUGUGUGCUUUAUUUACUGAGUAAGGAGAUAACCGCCUUUAGGAAUAAGGUGGGGCUUGCUGGAGCAAUACUGCUAAAAGGUUUAUGGAGAUGUUCGCAUCUACAUCUCAAAGCACAGCACCGGUGAUGGUAAAGAUAAUUGUGAAUAAAUACUAAGGGAACUCAGAGGCCGGUGCUGGUGUGGGUCCUCUGUAAGCACAGCACCGGUCCCCUGGGCCCCGCUUUUCCUUCUCUA